GUGGCACAACUUAUGAGGAGUCUGCAGAGAUCAUUCAUAAACAAACAAACAAAAACUCAAGGAGACAGCACCUGGAUAAAGAUCAGCCUACUUUUUCCAGGAAUUUUUCAGCGUGUCUUUUCAUUAUAACUCAUCCUGCAGAUUUUAUUCUUGAGGUUUUUCACUUAUGUCCCGCAAAUCUAGCGAUGACUAUCACUUGCGUAGCAUGAGCAAUCUUAUGGGCGAGAGGAGGAAGCGCGCGUCGGAUGAUGGAGAGCGAAGUCUCAUCAAAGCUCCGUCCAGCAUCAGCAUCAGCAGCAGCAGCAGCGGCCACACGCCCGCCGCAUCCUCGGCGCCACCAUCUACAGCGCCCGCGGACCUGGAGCGAGCGGCGCGUAAACAGUUCCAGCAGGAUGUCACGCCGGGCUUCGUCUACGUCCUGGCCGUGUUCUCCGCGAUCGGCGGAUUUCUGUUCGGCUACGACACCGGGGUGGUGUCCGGGGCGAUGCUUCUGCUCAAAAGGGAGAUGAAUAUAACUGCCCUGUGGCAGGAGUUGCUGGUGUCCGGGACUGUGGCCGCGGCGGCGGUGUCCGCGCUGUUCGGCGGUUUACUCAAUGGGCUGUUCGGGCGGCGGGUGUGCAUCCUGCUGGCCAGCUUUACUUUCUCCGUCGGGGGAAUAGUGUUGGGAUCUGCUUCUAAUAAAGAAGCGCUGCUGGUUGGACGCCUCAUAGUGGGACUUGGGCUGGGUAUUGCCUCCAUGACCAUUCCUGUGUACAUCGCUGAAACCUCGCCACCCCACCUGAGAGGACGACUGGUCACUAUUAACACGCUGUUCAUCACAGCUGGCCAGUUCACAGCCAGCCUUAUUGAUGCCGCAUUCAGCUAUAUGAAACAUGAAGGCUGGAGAUAUAUGUUGGGUCUGUCGGUGGUCCCAGCUUUGCUGCAGUUCCUUGGGUUCCUCUUCCUCCCAGAAAGCCCUCGCUGGCUCAUUCAGAAGGGUCUUACACAGAAGGCUCGACGUGUGCUCAGUCAAAUUCGUGGCAACCAGAACAUCGACGAGGAGUAUGAUACUAUCAAAAGCAGCAUUGAGGAUGAGGAGAAGGACAGCGGAGGAGAGGGCCCAGUGAUCUGGCGCAUGUUGACCUACCCUCCAGCUCGGCGUGCUCUCAUUGUGGGCUGCGGACUCCAGAUGUUCCAGCAACUUUCUGGCAUCAACACGGUCAUGUACUACAGCGCCACCAUUCUGCAGAUGUCAGGAGUAAGAGAUGAAAAGAUGGCCAUCUGGCUAGUGACUGUGACAGCCUUCACUAAUUUCCUGUUUACUCUGCUGGGCGUUUGGUUGGUUGAAAGGGUGGGCAGACGAAAACUAACUUUGGGAAGCAUCUUUGGAACUGUUUUGAGUCUUUGUAUCCUGUCCGCUGGCUUUCUCCUGUCAGCCCAGCAUUCUCCUCCCAUUACAUUACAUCUGACAGACCCCACGACACCCAACUCCAGCUGCACAACACAUCUGUCAUGUGAGCCCUGUAUGUUGGACCCUAGCUGUGGUUUUUGUUAUGAGGAGAACAGCACUGCUGUGUUUUCCUCCUCCUGUGUACCAGUCAAUCCGGCAUCCACUGAGAGAGCAGCGUGGGGCAGGUGCUCUAAUUCCUCACAUGAGGCUGAUAGCAGUAUAUGGGCUUAUAACUUCUGUCCAACCUCUUACUCAUGGGUUGUGCUCCUGGGACUAGUGCUCUAUCUUGCAUGUUUUGCUCCAGGAAUGGGACCGAUGCCAUGGACAGUUAAUUCUGAAAUCUACCCUCUUUGGGCCAGAAGCACAGGCAAUGCAUGUUCAUCCGGGGUGAACUGGACCUUCAAUGUGCUGGUUUCUGUAACGUUCCUCCACACGGCCCAGUACCUCACUUACUACGGUGCAUUCUUCCUCUACUCCAGUCUGGCCCUGAUUGGUUUCUUUUUCAUUUAUGGCUGUCUCCCUGAAACUAAAGGCCGGCGACUAGAAGAGAUUGAGUCAUUGUUCGAAAACCAGCUGUGCUCGUGCGGUAUCUCAGAUUCUGACGAGGAUCGGCAGGUGGAAUACAUCAGGGUCAAAGGGUCAAACUACCACUUAUCUGACAACGACGCGUCAGAUGUCGAAUAACUC